CUGUCAAAAGAUUGACAGUGAUUUAUAAUUAGGCCUAUUGUAUAAAACGGCAACCAUGAAAAGACAGAUGAUGAACUUUCUGGACCUUGGGUAAACUGUCAUCACGUUCCUGACACUUUGUUAGAAUGAUGUGGCAUGAUGGGUAACCAGAAUGUGAAAGGUCAUCACCUCUGGCCAACAAGUUGUAUGCCAGGUAUCAACCGAAACAUUGAUGCAGAUGUCGCCUUGCCAAGCAGUGGAUCAGAGGAUGAGGGUGAUGUUGAUAAUGCAACAUGGCGAGAACUUGAAAAUGCUGUUGUCAACAAUGAUGGAGAAUGUCUAGAUCAAUUGAUUAACUGUGGUGCAAAUAUCAAUACACCACUGAAUGAAAAAGGAGAAACAGCUUUGAUUCUGUCAGUGAAACUUACCCAUUUACAGCUAGUUCGUAUUUUACUGGCACAAACUCUGUGUAAAAAGAACUGUUUGAAUGUCAAUAACUGUUCAGCAUUAGACCUUGCUGUUAUAACUGCCUUCGACAAUCGUCUGGAGCCUCGCCAUACAUUGGCUUGGCAGAUAAUCAAGUGCCUUAUGGAGGCCAAUUCUGAACCAGUCUGUAAAGAUGCUAUGAUGUAUGUUGUACGAACUGCCUUGAAAUAUAAUGAUGAGUUGUUUCUUUACAGGCUUAUACAGGCAGCCAUUGAUUGUUCAAAGUCAUUCAAAUUCCAUGAGCUUCUUCUUCAGAAACUACAUAGACACCAACCAAUUUACAUGGACAGCAUAGACCCAUUGUUGAUGAAUGCUUCAGACUUCAGCGUGAAACUAGUACGUUAUGGUUUACAUGCUGAACUGGAAUAUGUGGUGAAUUCCUUCAUGUACUACCUUGAAUCUUACUGGGAUUCCAAGGAGAACAAGAACAGUGUACUGCAGAAGUUGAUUCUGUAUGCUACAGCUGCAGGCUGGUGCUGGUCUCAGCAACAGAUAUCUCACAUACACCAAGUGAAUCCUGCCGUGGGGCGAUGGUGUAGUCGCCAGCUCACCCAACCUCUGUCUUUAGGACACCUGGCACGCAAGACAUUUCGUAGAAGUCUUGGAACUGCUAUCUCAGUCACAAUUAGCAGUCUACCGUUUCAGCUUCCUGAAUCUCUCAAGUUGUACCUUAUUCUCAAGGAUGUUGAUGAAAUCCUGAACAGCAGGAUUCCAAUGAAGGAAAUAUAUCUGUAAUCUUUUCAACCAUUGUGUUUUACCAUUUUGGUUAUAUAUUUUGUAUUACAGUCUGGUUAACGGUUAAUACUGCAGCAUAAAAGAUAGCAUUGAAGUGUUUUUGAUUCCCUUAUUUUGUAUACAAUGUAACAAGAAUAUACAAGAAAAAACAAUCAGUAUUGUAGAUUUAGUUGAAUUACACAGAUAGUUACUUCAAAACAUAGUGCAUUGAUAUAAACCUUAUUAGAAUUUUGAUAUAUCUAAUAAUUUGAUAUCCUCGUUGCAUGCAUAUGAUAUAUUGCUUCCUGUCUUUUUUAUGAUACUUAAAAAAAGAUGAAGAAAA